AUGAGCGACCACGAUAAGGCCGAGAUCAAAGUCCAUCCCGACUGGAAAGACGAAGUCACCAAUCCCAACGGCGACACUGAUCUCAUUGCUACCACUGUGACUCUUGUCAGCAGCAACCAAGUUCAUUUUCACGUACCCAGGUACCUACUCAUGGCAAACAGUCCUGUCCUGAAAGAUAUGCUCUCCCUCCCCACGACCAACAAAUCCCAAAAAGUAGAACUCUCCGAUGACGCCCUCGAAUCUGCUGCCUCCCUUGCAUUCUACCUCUCCGUCCUCAUUGGAAAAGAUGGCAAGGUCACUUUGGAGGAAGGGUACAAGACGAGGAUCGUGAGGACGUGUCAUGCUGCUAUACUCCUGGCGGUCAAGUGGGAGUCGGCCUUGGUUUUGAGAGGUAUUGCGGAAGCUUUAUUGUCUUUCAAUAUCCCUUCCAGCCUCGAAAAGCAUAAAGAAGUUCGGGCUUUGGAUAUCUUCUUGCUGGCACACGAGGGGGACAUGACAGCGGUUGCUGCGACGGUCUUACAGACAUAUGAACCUAAUAUCGGGGGCGGCAAGCCUAAUCCGAGUCACUGGGGAGGCUACCUAUUCAAAGAGGACCUAUUCAAAAAGGAAGGAUCGGCGUUCAAGCUGGACUAUCUCAACCACGAUGUGUGGGCCCAGCUUGGGACGGACUACAUCUUCGCCCUUACCAAGAGCCAGAGCGACAGGAAUGAGGAUGGGAUCUAUCGCUCUAUAUCGUUUGCGAAUCAUCUGAAAGACAUUCGUAAAGCACAAAAGCAAUCUCCGUUGUCGAAAGAAGAGUGA